AUGAAGCUGAUCCUGAGUCUGACUCUCCUUAGCUGUUUGGCAUCUUGGAUAGAGGCAAAAAAAUACUCUAAAUGUGAACUGACCAGAAUAUUUGGAGAAACUAAACUGCAUAGAUAUCAAGGCAUUGGUGCUACUACAUGGAUAUGCAUUACUAAGCAUGAGAGUGAUUAUAAAACUAAUGCAAUACAUGACAAUGGAUCAAGUCGAGAUUAUGGAAUAUUUCAAAUUAACAGCAGAUGGUGGUGCGAUGAUGGGAAGACUGCAAAUACGGCAAAUGGAUGUAACAAACCAUGCAGCAGUUUUAUGAAUGAUGACAUCACUGAUGAUAUUGAAUGUGCUAAAAGAGUGGUCAAGGAUCCUCAAGGCCUGGAUGCUUGGGUCGCCUAUACAAAACACUGCAAAGGUAAAGAUAUGCGCAAAUAUAAAUGCUGA